AGUGAAAAAAGUUGUUGCUGGCAAGAAUAUUUCUUACAAUUGAAAUGUUUAGGAAAAGAUAUUUUAUUUGGUUCACAGUUUUAAUUUAUAUCGUUUUGUUUAUCAUACUUUUCGUAGAAUUCGAAGAAGAUGAAAUUUACAAUUCAUGCUACAUGAAUGAUGUUUGUGUGAGAUUUUGUUGUCAAAAUUCUAAAACUUGCAGUGAUGAAUUCAUAAGAAAUAAUUUUAAUAAAAGUCAUUUGCCAACGUUCGAAUAUAAUCGUGGCCAAAAUGUCACAAACCUUAAAAUCAUUUAUGGAACACCUUCAUGUGUUUUCUCAUCUUCAAGCGAGAAAUGGAAAAUAAAUAGAUACGGUGGAAUUGACACUGACGAUGGACAUCAUGAUAAAGAUUACUGCUUUCAAGACACAACAGUCAAUGACGAAGUCAAAUGGAAUGCAUUUAUAUGCAAUCCCGGAAAGAAGAUGAAAGAAAACUUCAUAAUUGUUCCAAUCGCUGUCAUUUAUGUCUACCUGAAUAAAUGGAAAACUCUUCAUGGGAGAAUCGUCAUGAUGUUUGUAUCGUCGUUGAUAUUAGAAUGCAUUUUUCGACAAAUAGUCUUCUAUUACUACGAUGACAGAAAAAACACAACCAUGGAAUUUUUCAUUUUCAUCAUGAUCGCUGCAAGCAUUGUGUCAAUAUUGUUAUGGAUGAGUGUCAUGAUUUUUGAUAUCUGGUUGAAUUUCAAAAAUCUUAAUUCUACCACAGACGGAAUGGAAAGAUUUAAAUUCUACUGCGUGUAUGUGGUUGGAAUAAUUUCCAUUCAGAUUUUUAUCAUAUUUAACUUUUAUGUUAGAUAUUUGAGUAGAUGGUUUGAAAACAUAAUUGGUUUCAUAGUUUAUGGUUUGUUUUUUAUUUAUUUGAUAACUUUUGUUUUGGAUUUAAUUUUUUUAAUUUGGACUGCCAUUAAAAUAUUUAAAAUUUCAACUUCUUCAAACCAAGUUGCGCACUCGAAAUAUGAAGAUGAGAAGAAAAGAUUCUGGAUGUGUGCUUCAGCGUUUGGAAUCACACUCAUGAUUCCUUUCACAAACUUCUUUUUCCAUAGAAAUAAUGAACUCUCAAUUGCAAUCUCAAACUGUUACAUCGCCUUUGUGUUUUUUGUGAUUUUUAUUGUAAUGGAGAAAAAUAUUCUUCAAAAACUCCUUCAUAAAUACAGAAUAGUUCAUGAAAGAAUGACAAAUGAAUCUUCUACAAUUCCUUGAAAGUUCUUUUUCAUGAUCUAAUAAUUGUGCCUUAAUUUACAAAAAUAUAGAAAUAAAGUGAAAUUUAA